UUGACCGCGGGUUUGGGCCGCUUCGCGACGGGCGCGGCGGGAGAGGGUGGGUUUUGUGUCCCUGAGGGGGACGAGGGGCGAGAGUUAGCGGCGGCGGCAGCGGGGGCGUUCGCGGCGUUUGAGGGGGAUUGGGGGGCGGAGGUGGACGGCGUUUUAGAGGAACGCUUCCUCUUUUUCUUGGAGACGACGGUUGUAAAUCCGUCGUCGGCUUCGCUCUCGGAGCUAGGCCGGGAACCAGACUCCGAGGCCGAGGCCGAAGAACACUCCAUGUGGGAGUUGGGGGUGGGGACCAGGGACUCAGAUAUGAAUCUGAGAACUAACUCGGGGGCCAUCUUCCGCGCGAAGGCGGUGAAGGUGUGCGGGUCUAGGUUGGGCAUGGUGACUUAUUUUAAAUGGGAAUUCUACCAAUCCUCCCUGCCAGGCGGCAGGGAGAUGAGUACCUAG